AUGGCUGAGACUGAAAACGUAGAGACAAAACUUAAUUUUUCACAAGACGAGUUGAUCUUGUGCUUUCACGGUCCUUUACUCUACGAAGCCAAGAUCCUUAAAGCCGAAAACUGGGGUCCCGAUGAUUCAGAAUCUGGGGAAACUGGGCCGCAUUAUUUUGUGCAUUAUAAAGGGUGGAAAAAAACGUGGGAUGAGUGGGUUCCAGAAGAGAGAGUUGUAAAAUACAAUGAUGCUAACCUGGCUAGACAAAAACAACUAAAAGACACAUAUACCAAUAAGAAAAAGAAAUCUGCAAACAAAGAACGACAGAAUACACCUUCUCAGGAACCUUUACGAUUAAUUCAAGCUCGUACAAAUAAUUUUGUGCAAAAUCAUCAAAAGAUUGCUAAUAGAGGUCAGCAGAAAAGUUCUUCUCCUGAGCAGCUCGAUAGUCCUAAUUCAGACGAAAGCUCCAUUAAGCAAGAGGAUGAAGAAAUGCUAGACAUUAAGGAUGAACAUUUAGAACCAGAUAGUGAUGUUCAAGAAAACCAAAACCAGCAACGCACAAAAAAACGUAAAUCGAUAGAUGAAGAUGAGGAUGAUGAAGAAGAAUUUAUGAAUCGCCUUGAAAUUAAAAUCUCCCUACCCGAAUCACUCAAAUGUAGAUUAAUAGACGAUUGGGAAAAUAUUACAAGAAAUCAUGCAUUAUUAAAACUACCUCGGUCACCAACUGUCUCAGAAAUUUUAAAGCAAUACCUGGAAUACAAACGUUCAUCCUCAAUAAAAUCCGAAAAGAGCGAUAUCUAUACGGAAGUUGCACAUGGGAUUCAAGUUUAUUUCGAGAAAACUUUGGGGAACAUUCUUUUAUAUGGUUACGAGCGACAACAAUAUGUUGAUAUUCGUAAACAAUUCCUAGAAAAAGAGAACGCAGAAAUUUAUGGAGCGGAGCAUUUGCUGAGGCUCUUUGUCGAAUUACCGCGUUUACUUGUUCACACACAUAUGGAUCAAACAACUACCGAGACUCUUGAAGAGCAUUUGGCUGAUUUCUUAAAAUUUUUACAGAAGAAUGAAGACCAAUAUUUUGUCACUGAAUAUGAGCGUCAUG